AUGGCGCGCAUUCUGCAGGGAUUUGGAAAGAUACAGCUCAGCCCGAGAGCAUCUGGUAGUCCCAACGACCAUGGCGACCCCAUCGGGGACUUGGCACCAGCUGCUGCGACCUGGAUCGCGACUUACGCGUGUCACAUCUGCGACCGCAAUUUCAGUCGCGCCGAACAUCGCGACAGGCAUCUUGCGACACAUAGUUUGUUGCGACCAUACCGCUGCAACUUCUGCGGCCACCAGUUCCAGCGAACCGACUCUCUGCGACGACAUGUCGACAAGUGCUCCAAGAACCUGCGAAACGCUACAGCAAAUGGCAGCGACGAGGUUCGCUCCAGGGUCAAGUCUGCCUGCGACCUGUGUCACAGCAAGAAGUUGAAGUGCGACGGCAAACAACCGUGUCGAAAAUGCGUCGCGAAGCGGCAUGACUGCACGUACCAGCGCUCCGAUCGCCUCCGGCUGCUACACUCGCCAGACUCCAUGUCUCCACCAAUCGACUCUAGAGAAUCGAAGCACAUCGAAACGGAAACAAUCUUGGUGAAUACGUCGGAUGCUGCACUUGACGACACGUCUUUCGUGGCCUCGAACCUCUCGUCGAGUGCUGAGGCCGCUUCCGCUCUUCCCGAAGCCAUGUUGCAGGGUUGGAUGGGCGGCAUCGACCUAGCUGCCGAUGUACAACUCAUGCAGGAGCAUGGCAUGGGUCUUCCAUGUCCUGACGCAAUGAACCCUGAUUGUAUGGGCGACUUGAAGAGCACCAUCAACUUCGCCGACCCUUUGGCCUGGAUGGGCACCACAUUUCUCCCUGGCUUAGAAGACGAGUAUUUCGCGCUGAAUGGCGCUAUGUUGGCCAGCCCUGAUGAGCAGUUCCACGACGAGGCUGGUCUGGAAUAUCUGGCGGAGCUGCUCCAGCUGGAUAUCCCGGGCUCGCAAUUUGACGAACAGACGGCUCGAUGGCUCCGAAUGCCGCUGGUCCCUCGCACGUACGAUCUUGAGGUACUGAACUCGCUGCUAAACAUAUUCCUCAGGCACGUCUCGGAGACAUUCACCUCGUUCAAGGGCUUCGCCAUUACCUCACACACCCAGCCGGAGCAGAUCCUAGCCAUGGCCGCUGUGGGAUCACUUUUUGUUAAUUUGAAGGGUAGCCCACGUAUCUCUAGGGUGUUAUUUACCGAUUCCAACCGGCUACUCAACAACUCUGUCGCUGGAUCUGUGAAGCAUUCGCGGCCCGCCGCCAUGAGCCUGGUUCAAGCCUUUCUGGCGGCCGAAUUAUUUGGCAUCUGUGGAGGACAUCCUCGCUCCCGAGAACUCAGCGAGGCAUAUCACCACAGCUUGAUCCAGUCCCUCUAUAUGCACGGCCUACUCUCCACCGAUGACGUCGCAGGAAACGACAAGGUUCAACAAGAAAGACUGGUGGCGGACAUAUUGCUGUUGGAGAGCUACAGGACAUCGCUCUUCCAACUGAAGCCCAUCUUGACACCGGCAUACCUGGCACAUACAAGCUGGGGUGUAACAGAAUCCCCAGACUCCGACACCGCCCAGCCGUUCAAUUAUGUACAGCAACAAGCGCUACAUCUCAUGAACCCACAAACGUCGAAACACGACCCUAUCUUACGAAAGCUCAUCUUUGUGUCCACUGGCUCCUGGCUAGCCAGUGGCCACUGGGUAGGCAGUUCGUACGAAGCCACGAACCGAGACUACGACCCGGCCAUCAUACACGCCUCGGUCGACACCCUGUUGCAGAACUCUUCCCCGAACAAGAUAUCGGCACGAUUCUUCGGGCACAUGAUAAUUGUCGCGCUCCACGCGCCCUUGUCCGAUAUCAGCGACGCCGCAUACUCGGCCACAAUGCAACGAGAGCCCACGCCAACCAUGGUCGACCGCAUCAGAAGCUGGUGCCGCUCAUUCGAUGUGCAGACUGCUCUCGAACACGCACUGCAGAUCAUGGACGUGGUAGCUAUGAUUCCAGCCAUGGAUCUCACAAUAUCGGGUGAGAGGCUAGGAUACAUUGAGACACCUCACGACGCACUCUGUAUCUUCAACGCAGGCCUCGUCAUUUGGGCCAGCAGACAUGCCAGGUUUAGGCAAACAGCUGAAAAGAGUCCUGGGUCCCGAUCACAGCUUGGACAAGCAGUCCUCGUUCUAAAGAAAAUGCGCUUGCUGCUUGCGAGGACUCUCGGCCAAGUCCUGCAAAAGCUUAUCCAAGUUGAGAGUCUCAAGCGUGCAGGCGGGAGCGCCGCAUCGACCUCCUGA